UGUUUUGAACUUUUUUCUCGGCUGGAGGCUUCUGAUCGUGAAGUUAUUCUCUUGUAUAGGCAAAUACCAGCAAGAACAAGUCAAAAAGGAGGUUCUCGAGUCAGAAGUCGAUUUGAGUCUCCCUGAGUGUGCGCCGUUAAAAAGCUCGUCCUCGUCGACCUGCAAGCCCCAAACCCGCCUGAGACUUGCGGUUGUCCUCUUUCGCUUCAUUACAUCCCUACCUGACUUGUAUCUCGCUCGCCAUGACCGUGACCGUCGUGAACUCGCUCGACCAGUUCCACACCAUCAUCAACAGCAACAGGGUCUCCGUGGUUGACUUUUGGGCGGAGUGGUGUGGUCCGUGCAGGUUUAUCUCGCCCGUCUUCGAGAAGCUCUCCGAGUCCGAGGAGUACACCGCCGUCGACUUUUACAAGGUCGAUGUCGACGCCCAGGAGCAGAUCUCCCAGGAGGUCGGCAUCCGCGCGAUGCCUACGUUCAUAGCUUUCAAGAACGGCCAGAAGCUGAAGGAUCUCGUAGGCGCCAACCCGGGUGCUCUCGAGGAGCUCAUCAAGGCGGCAGUUUCUGACUCUACGGCAUGAACCGCAUCCCUGAUAUCGGCUCUCGAUCCCUCCUGCGUCGAUUAUCGUUAUCAAUAGUUCUUGAGACCUGUACCGCGCAGCGUAAUUAUACCGCCUUAUGAAAUGUCUCUCUAUGUACCAC